AUGUCGAAACAACCCGCAUCCGCCGCUGCGCCGGCCUCCGCCCCUCCAACGCCCGUCGAACCACCCCAGUCACCUCUCACAACGGGCGGCUCCCUCCCCUCCUCACUCGGCGAUCAGUUCUUCGAAGAAUCCCGCUCCCAAAAACUCUUCCGCAAGAUCCGCCAAGAACCCUUGAUUCCCCUCGGCUGCCUCGCGACCUGCUAUGCCCUCUACCAAGCCUCCAAAUCCAUCCGCGUGGGCAACCCAACGCGCACCAACAAGAUGUUUCGGGCCAGAAUAUACGCUCAGGGGUUCACGCUAGCGGCGAUCGUGGCGGGGAGUUUCUUCUACAAGGAUGAGAGGAUGCAAAGGAAGAAGUUUGAGGGGGUGGAGGAGGAGAAGCGGCAGUUGGAGAAGAAGGAGAAGUGGUUGGCGGAGUUGGAGGCUAGAGAUCGGGAGGAUCGGGAAUGGAGGGAACGGAUUGAGAGGCAGAGUAGGGGGAAGAAGGUUGAUGCGGCGGUUGGGCCGCCGGUGGCUCCUGCGAAGAGUAUGAGGGAGGUGUGGCGGAGGGAAGGAUGGGUUGAGAGGACGGCCAGGGCGUGGAGGAGAGCAUGA